GACGCAGAGAGACGUUUCUGCCCUUUUUUUCUCCCUCCUCCUGUCCGCUCCCAUUAUCACCACAGCGGCUCUAACCAAGGUUCACAAUGGAGACCAAACCGGUCAUCACCUGCCUUAAAACGCUCCUCAUCGUUUACUCUUUCGUGUUUUGGAUAACAGGAGCCAUCCUGCUUGCCGUUGGAGUGUGGGGGAAGCUGAUGCUGGGCCCAUACAUCUCUCUGAUAGCUGACAACUCCACCAAUGCUCCGUACGUCCUCAUCGGCACCGGAACCGUCAUCAUCGUUUUUGGCCUGUUCGGAUGCUUCGCCACCUGCAGAGGAAGCCCAUGGAUGCUGAAGCUGUAUGCCAUGUUUCUGUCGCUCGUCUUCCUCGCCGAGUUAGUGGCGGGGAUCUCUGGCUUUGUGUUUCGCCAUGAGAUAAAGGGAACCUUUCGCAGGACUUACAACGAUGCUGUCCUGAACUACAAUGCUGAGGACGAGGCGAGCCGCGCUGUGGAUAACCUGCAACACAAGCUGCGUUGCUGUGGAGUUUAUAACUACACCAGUUGGUUUGCCAGCGUGUAUUAUCCCUCCAACGGAAUCCCUGCCAGCUGCUGCUUUAACGCCUCUGACUGCAACCCAGAAGAUCUCCGCAAUGCAACUGUAGCUCCGAACAAAGUCUACCACCAGGGCUGCUUUGACUUGGUCACUUCGUUCAUGGAAACCAAUAUGGCCAUUAUUGCUGGAGUCACAUUUGGAAUCGCCUUCUCGCAGCUGAUUGGAAUGUUGCUGGCGUGCUGUCUGUCCCGGAUCAUCACAGCCAAUCAGUAUGAGAUGGUCUAGCUGAUGUGAUGUGGCAGGUGGGAGGGAGAUGGAGAGAAGAUGAGACAAAAAGAGUAAAUUCCUAGAAACUCCAUCGCACAUGAAGUGGAAUCGACCUCUGUCUGUCUCUGCCUGCGAUCUCAAUGUAUUAUCUUAAUGUAACUUAUUGUAAAGCACCAUUCCUUGACUCACUGCGAUAGCAUCGAAGCCUACUAUACCACACACACCACAUCGCUGCUUGAUGUAGAAGUUGCUCAUUAGCAGAUCAUUUCUGAUCUGCGCAGCCCAUAAUAAGCAGGUGGAUCAGAGUUGUCUGAGCCGACAGCCUUCAGAAGGUCAUUAUUUAACCCUGACUUAAACCUACAAGUUUUUUAAUUAUUACUCAUCCUUGUAUUGUUUGUGACUUGAUGACGUGUACUAAAGAGGAGGGUUUUUGUUAUCAAAAGAGAGAAAGGGGAGAAUUACAGUAUUGUAUUUUUUUAUCAUAGCAUAAAGAACAAUAUUUUUUUCCCAAAAUAUCAAAAAAGCUAAACCGUGACAAGUUCUAAUGAAAGGAAACAAAUGUGAUUGUUUUUUUUUAUAAUUUUUUUGUGAUCGUUCUACUGUGAAAUUUUUAAAYAUGUUCAUAGUCUCAAAGUACCUUCAAAUUAAGCCAUUUAAUGAGUUUUAUAAGGGAAAAAAACAAAUUCAUCGAGUCGAAGAGGCUGCGUCACAUCAGUUGUCUCUGAGUGGUUAUUCAAAAUGCAGGUUUAUAACAUCAAAUUCUAAUUCUACUAAAAAUUCUGUCUUUGCUACACAAAUUCAUACAAUGAAUUAAUAAAAGCUUAAAAAGACAACAA